UUUUUGCACUCGUAAGUCCAGUGUCCUAUCGCCAGACACUUCUGACAACGUACCCAUCCAGGCGAUGGUUCACUGUUCAACAUGAUUAAAAAUGUUCUCAAUGCACGAGGAAAAGUCAUCGCGGCUUUAGGUCUUUCGUCGCAACUACGUUGGCAACAAUUGACUGCUCGAUUUUCAAACCAAUGCGUAAAACUGACAAUGACGGAAAUGAUCGGUCAACAUAAUUCGGAGAACAUCAACGUCGAGGACGAAGCGGAACAUCAUUUCUCUUUAAAUUCCGUUUUGCUGAUGUACGGAAAUAAAAGCGUGGAACUGGAAGUCACAAAAGAUACAGUGAACAAGUAUCAAGACAGCUUAGCGGAGGAAGAAAAGAUAUUAGAUGCGGAAAAACAAAAUCUGGAAGAAUUAAAUCAUCAAGUGUGGUCGCUGGAAGACUCAAUUUGCGAUCAAGUAUGGCAAUUUUCGCGCGAGCACAACUUCUCCGUUAUUUUCAAACGACAUCCUUUUGUUAUAGAAAGUGAUUGUGUAAAACAAAAGAACACAAAUAACGAAGAUAAUUCAGAUGUGGAAAGGAGCUCAGAACUGAUUGAUCUGAUAAACGAAAUCGAUAAUCUCAAAGCAGAAAUAUGUAGUCUUAACUCCAAGAACAGCGUUGUUAAACAAACAAUAGAAAACGCUUUGACAAAACUUGGCGAGUUACAAGACGUUUCGGAUAACGUUACGGAAUUACUGAGAUUGAUACGUCCUUUAGAAUCGUCGUGCAAACUUGCCAUUUCAGUGCCGCUCUACAACGAAACAAUUCACACUGAUAAAAAUAAAGUCAGACGACGUAAAAGUAACGUGGUGCGCGAAGGUACACGCGAUUGUUUUAAAUUUUUGGUAAAUUGUAUAAGCACCUCCACUAUCUCUCUAAUUACUUUCGACCGUUUAGAUGCGAAGAACAAAAAACCACGCAACAAUCGUCAAUUGCCAACGACCAGAACCAAAUCAUGCUUGAAAAACAACAAAUCAAACUUCACGCCUAACGAGGAAUUAAUUACGACUCCUAAGAAUUAUCCUCAAUUAUCGCUUGAAAAAAGCGUCAUAUACACCGAGAGAACUGCGAUCACAAAUGUGUCCGAAGUAUCUGCGGAAGUACGAAUUUUUAUUUUCUUUCUAUUGACUGUUGUCUUUAUGUUUCCGCUUUACCUUGACGCUAAUGAGACAUGUAGACGCAUAUAUUUUUUAAAUCUUAAUUACAGUACACGAGUGACGAGAAAUCCAAAACUUUUACUCUGAAAAAACGCAGUGAGAUUUCCAUCAGACUCGAGCAGCACAAGUAUAAAGACUGUUACAAUUAAUUGUGUCAUAAAAACGUAUCCAAAGAAACGAUAUAAAAAACUGGGUUUAUCUCUUUUUAAGUUCACUAAAAAAAACUACUGAAAUAAAUCACAAUUGUUCUUAAUAUUUGAAAACGAACACUUCAUUGAUCAUUCUAAAGAGCGAACGAUUUAGAGCGUACGAAGAUGUUGCCGAAAAAAAUUGGAAAAUAAUAUUUUAUAAUAUAUAUUUAUGUAUUUUUUUUUAGAAAUAUUUAUACAGAGAGUGUUUCGUAAAUGUAAAUGUACAUUGUGAAUUACAUUUAAUAUUACAUAAUCUUGGAAUUAUACAUACACAUAACACAAUAUCAUGUGCGUAUGUAAUACGCA